AAAGUCGAAAGUUUGUUAUAUUUUUUUUUGGUAGAUUGAAUAUUUUGGUUAUUCUUCAUAAUCGAUGGCAAUAAUGAUUCUUCAGGAAUCUAUUAAUCAAACUAUCCGGUCGUUUCAUUCGACAAUAUCACCAACAACAUUGUUUUCCUCAACAUCAAGUCCUGUUUCAUCAUCAUCGACAAUGAUCGCUACAGAAUUACAUCAUCCUCAAGGUCAUCUAAUUCUAAAUGUCAAUUCAGAAACAACUACUGGUCUAGUUUUGGAUUUUUCCGAAUGGGCUAAUACAUUCACAUUGGGCUGUCUAAUAUUUCUGUUUUGUCUGAUAGUGUUUAUAUUUUCGUUAUUAUUCAUACUGUCCUUUCGUCGUACUGAAACCGACAUCGAGUCGAAAAAUGUUUCAACAACAACAGGAAUGGGAAACACAACGAAUACAACGAUUGGUUUGGGAAAUUCGAGAAAACGUCAACCAACAUUUACCAUAAUGCCUGAUGAUAAAAAUAUUAUGGAAAAAUUUAUUCGAACCGAAAGUCAAGAUAAUAUCAGCAACAAUGGGACCACACCUUGUGCCAUAACAUCAUUAGAAGAUGAUCGGCGACAAGCUGAUGAAGUGGAAAAAGAACGUGAAAUAACUCUGUUCAUUACAACAGCUAGAUUUGCUCAUUCUGAACAUCAUAAUCGUUAUUAUCGUUCGACAAAAUAUGCAGAUGAAUCCAUUAGAGAAGAUAUAAAUUUUCAAUCAUUGAACCUAACCACCAUGACAACAAAUCAUCAUUCGUCAUUAAAAAGACCAUUGAAAGAGCUAAAAAAAUCAUCAAAUGAGUUACGUAAACAUCAAGCAAUGACUACCAUUUAUAAUAUCGAUUUGAAUGAACCUGAAUCGAUUGUUGGUAAUAAUGAAAAAUAUCACAAUUCUUAUUCCGAAGUAAUUGAAGAAUUAAAAAAUCGUUUUGAAAUAUUAUCUACGGCUGCAUAA